AUGGCUACAACGUGUGCGCUGCAAUGGCGAAAGAUACCUGACUCUACGCAUCUGCACUACAAAGCUAUCUUUCCUAGUAAAGCCCAGGCUCCAUUGACACCUCCCUCCUCGGCGCCAAAAUCGACGGCAGUAUCCUCGCUCGAAGACGAUGACACUGAAGCCUUGGUGCACCACUACCUCAAUCUCGCUCCGAAUCUGACGGAACUGUACGAGCAAUGGUCGACCGCAGAUGCGAAUUUCAAAAAGAAAGCGCCAAAAUUCACAGGCGUGCGAAUACUGAAGCAGGAUGCUUGGGAGGCAUUGAUUGGCUUCAUCUGUAGCAGUAACAACAACAUAAUAAGGAUAUCCCAGAUGAUGGAGAACCUGUGCCUUCACUAUGGACCUGAAGUCGGCCAUAUCCGCGCAAAAACAUUCCAUGACAUGCCUGCGCCUUCUGCACUUACGGCUCCUGGGGUUGAAGCUCAUCUCCGGCAGCUAGGCUUCGGGUACAGAGCCAAGUACUUACAUCGGACAGCAGUCAUGGUGGCAGAAGAGCAUGGGGCCGGUUGGCUGGACAGUCUGAGGAAUCCUGAAAGCCCUAUUAUGGGUGCCCAGCCUUCCGAUGCUGGUGAGAUGCUGCCAGGUGGAAGGGAGGGAUAUCGCAGGGCUCACGAAGAGCUCUUAACCUUACAAGGAGUAGGGCCUAAAGUCGCCGACUGCGUUUGCCUUAUGGGUCUUGGAUGGGGAGAAGCCGUCCCCGUUGAUACACAUGUUUGGCAAAUCGCUCAGCGCGACUACAAAUUCGGCAAAGGGAAGCACAGCAGUCUGACCAAAGCUACCUAUGAUGCUGUUGGUGACAAAUUCCGGGGCCUCUGGGGGAAAGAGGCUGGCUGGGCUCACAGCGUCUUGUUCACCGCGGAUCUAAGAGCGUUCUCAGAAAGACUUACCGCCAAAAUUGAAGUGAAACAGAUCAAGGAAGACGAAGAUGCACAGGUCCUCACAGAGAUUCAAGUUAAAGCUGAGAUUUUGACCCCGAUCAACGUGAAGCGAGAGUUUAAGGAUGAAGAGAAACCACUGAUUGCUGUCGAGGCAGUCACAGCAAAGAGACCAGUGAAGCGACAACGAACAACGUGCGCGCAUACAGAAAUAACUCGUCUGACUUCUUGUGCCGUUGCGUCUUCCUCGCCAAUAGGCGACCGGGACCUUGCAGCCUUGGGACCAACGCGUGCGUCCGUACCACCUGAAGAGGAAGGAGAAUUGAAGCUAUGGCCGAUUAUAACUCUUAUUCGACCGACGCAAGGAGUCAACUACACGCCUGUUCCAUCUCCAGACCUCGACCUCUCGAAAUUAGGUCACGUCGCUCUCACAGGUGACUUUGACUCAAUCUCGUUAUAUACCUACCAGCAGCAAUCGGAGAAUGCAUUCACGACCAACGGCACGCAAGCGCUCAUCACACAACUACCUAAUGGAGACUUUGCGACUACGGCCGCGGCCGACGGGUAUAUCAAGGCCUUGUGUCCUUUCGUUAUGUCAAGUGGAAAGUUGGCAGGAGUAGUAGUCGGAGGAAAUUUCACCGAGUUGGGUGGCAUACCGGCGCAGGGUGUUGCAAUGUACGACACAACGACUGGGGACAUCACCCCCCUGCCUGGCCUUGAUGGCACGGUCAACGCAAUUCUCUGCGAUCAAGACACAAACACAGUCUACGUUGGCGGCCAGUUCACAGGCGCAAAUUCAACGAACGCGGUCGCUUGGGUUGGGAUGUCUGGAUGGGCGAAUCUGCCUUUUGAAGGCUUCAAUGGACCAGUGAAUUCGAUCAUCAAGGAAUCCAAUGGGAAUGUUAUUUUUGGCGGAUCGUUUACUGGACUUGGGAACUCGACGACAGUUAUGCCUGAACAGCUCGACCAGCAAGUAAUCAACAUCGCCUCUGCUAACAUUUCCUCAUCAUCGAACACGAGCGCACCCGGCUUCAACAACCCAUCAAACAUCAUUUGCAAGACGAAUGGGGAUGAUGGACCUGGUAAUACGUGGCUCCUCGAAGACAACUCGCCUGGGUGGUGGAGAGCGGACAUGAACUUUGGGUACGAGCCGAGCUUGCUAAGGAUAUGGAAUACGCACCAGGAUGGCCGAGGGACGCAGACAUUCCGGUUCACAGCCAUACCAAUCAACGGCAUCAUGAAUUUUACCUAUACAGACCCGGACACGGGCGUAGAAGGGCACUGUGAUGCUCUAUGUCCUUUGUCAUCACGGACAUCAGUGCCAUACCAGGACUUCAGAUUCAUCAAUACCGUCGGUAUGAGCGCAUUUCGAAUUGAUGUAUCCGCCUGGUACGGCCAAGGAGGUGGGCUUGAUGGAAUUGAGCUGUUCCAGAAUGAUAUCUUUGCCUAUGCCGUAGACACGUCCAACGAACCGAGCUGCGCGAACAUCCAAUAUGGCUCCAAUGCCACUUCCACUGGUCCAUGGACAGUAACGCCAUCUUUGCAAAGCAACUCGGAAUACCUCACUGCGAAUCUUGUUGGGCCAGGCGUCAGCACAAAUGGUGUCUCGGUAACCUUUGAGCCAGACAUUAGACAGAAAGGCAACUAUUCUGUUACCUUAUUCACUCCAGGCUGUAUGCAAGACAACACUUGCGGUACUCGCGGUAUCGUCAACGUCACUGGAAUUUAUAGUAUAUCGGGCGUAUCGACGUCGACAAACAUCUAUCAAACCAACAACUACGACAAAUAUGACAUAAUAUAUCAAGGUCCGGUUGAUGCGAACAGCGAUAGUUUCCGACCUACAGUCACACUUGCAGCUCUAUCUGGCCAAAAGGACGGCGUCACACUUGUGGCUCAACGAGUCCAGUUCAAUCUCACAGACUCGGCUGGUGGGUUGAAUGGUCUAUACGAAUUCAAUCCCAAUGCCAACACUACUGAAAGUGAUUUUUCGAAUUCUGCCAUUGACAGUGCAGGCAUGGGGUUGAGUGCAGGAGCCAUCAUUACAACCAUCCAAGUGCAGGACAACGUUACGUACGUUGGUGGUAACUUUUCAAACCAGGACGUUGGCUUCGAAAAUAUCUUUUCGAUCGGGAAUGGCAACUCUACAGCUUUGCCAAAUGGCGGCCUCAACGCCGAGGUUUCCAGUAUGAUACCAUACGCCGACCUGCUAUUCAUCGGAGGCAAUUUCACAAAUACCAUGAACGGAAGUGUGCCUGGUUUGAACAAUAUCGCCAUAUUCAAUACCACAAGCCAAACUUGGGAAGCCCUUGGUGCCGGAGUCAGCGGAGCUGUUUACAGUGUAGUCACCCUACAAGUCAACGUUACGACCGAUCAGCCAGAAGUUUGCGUAUCCGUCAACGGAUUCUUCGAUCAGAUACUGCCUACAGGAUCGAGCAAAGCGGUUUCGGUGGCGGGGUUCGCCAUCUGGGUACCUACCCAACAGAACUGGCUGCAGAAUCUGAAUCUCCAGUCUCCUGCGAUUUCUGGUCAGCUAAGUGCGAUGACCAAUGUGACUGGAAGCGCAACUCUUCUCGCAGGGACACUGUCUUCACAAGACAUGUCUGCUGAGGACGCGGUCUCUCUCACAUCAGAUCCUGUCGCCAUCAAUGCUCUCAAAGUGGGCAUUCAGCCUCAACAGAUUGGGCCAGUGACCCGCAAAAGAGCUAUCAGCGGACAAAAUACUACCGGUGUGUUGACAGGGCUCUUCUAUAACAAUGGCGGCUUGAACGUGACUGUUCUUGGAGGCGCCUUCACAGCCAUCGCGACCAAUGGUACUACGAUCGACAACCUCGCUCUCCUGAAUAAUACUGGCAGCAACCCUGGCAUUGUCUCCGGUUUACCCAUAGGCUUGGAUUCAGACUCAACCUUUCUCGCUCUCGCUACGACGGGCACUGUCCUCUAUGCUGGCGGAACAGUCUCAGGAACUGUCAAUGAUGCUCCUGUCAACGGACUCAUUGUCUAUGAUAUGGGACUAGCGAGCUAUCAAAACCCUCAGCCGCCAGCCUUUGGGGGCAUCGACGUUGCUGUAAAUGCGAUUACUGUAAGACCAAAUAAACCCGAGAUUUACGUUGGUGGCAACUUUGCCACGGCAGGGUCAUUAGGCUGUCCCGCUGUCUGCGUUUUCCGGAACGGGGCUUGGAAUCAGCCAGGCAAUGAGCUUGGUGGGAGUGUCUCCGCAUUUGCUUGGCAAGGAAACAACCAGUUACUUGCUGGUGGAAACCUGACAAUCAACAACAAUGCCACAACUCUAGCUACCUACGACGCUUCCAAGACUGCAUGGACAGCUCUUGGUGCCGCCAGCGACGUUCCAGGACCAGUGACAGCACUUGGACCGGCAAACAAUGAUGCUUCUGAGUUCUGGGUUGCCGGUAAAAGCACUAAUGGAUCUGCCUUUCUUAUGAAGUACGACGGCAGCCAAUUCAGGUCGAUUGGGGACUCUUUAGGAAAGGAAACCACGAUCUUGGGCCUGUCGGUGCUUCAGUUGGGCAAGAACCACGAGAACAGUGACCUCGUCCAAAGUAACCUGGUCCUCCUGGUGACCGGUCAAUUGAAUCUUCCUACCUUUGGCAAUGUUUCUGCCGCACUCUUCAACGGCACCACGUUCUCUCCGUUUAUACUGUCCACUUCUGGCAAUGGUCCAGGAAGUCUGUCUAGUUUGUUUUCCGAGAAAGCAAUCAGCUUCAAGAACCCAGGUGGCCACAUGGCUGUUGGCUUCGUUGUACUCAUUGCCCUCGCUUGCGCUCUAGGCGCCAUCUUCCUGCUUGUCGUCGCUGGCAUUCUCAUCGAGCGUUACAGACGCAAGCAUGAGGGCUACACCCCAGCUCCAACCAACUACUUCGACAAGACCAGCAACAUGGGUCGAAUACCGCCGGAACAUCUUUUCGGCCGCUUGGGCGCGAGUAGAGAACCUCCAUUGCUCUAA